CUUUGUUCAACAGGACACUAGUUCCAUGGAACACCAAUACUAGUUAUCCAUUUAUUUUUUGGGAUAAACCUUUAUAGCUCACACGAUAGGUAAACAUUCCAAAGAACAUUGCCAUGAAAAGUCAUUCAUAUCUGGAAUUUGAACAUACCUCAAAUCAGCUCUAUGGAACACCAUUACCAGUUAACAAUUGUUUGAAAUUGCUAACUAUUUAUUUGUAGCUAACAAUAUAAAAGUGCUCCUCUUUCUUCAGAUGAACAGAACCUGCAGAACUUACCAGUGAUUCACAUUAACAGGUAAGUCUUCAAUUCAUGUACAUUACAUCAUAAACUGUUUACUCUCCUGUUAUGCUCUUUUCCAGAGAAUUCUGGAUGUUUCUAGCAUUAUUUUCCUCGGUUAUAGUACCUUGUUUUUAGGAGACCAUCAUCACCAUUGCAAUGUUGACCAUAUCUCUGCUGCUGUGUGCUGCCCUUGCUCUGAGUCAAGCAACAGGUAAGACGCACAGCAAACCAAGAAUAUACACCUUAGUUCACACUUAACAACAUUCUUUACAUAACACUCCUUUCCUGUCGAUCCCUGUAACUCCAGCUAACUGGAGUUUUUGUUGUCCAGGUGCUGAGCUCUACCGUCAUUCUUUUUUGUGUACCAGUUCUUGUUUCAGAGCAAACAUGAGAAAAACGUUUUCACUCUACUGAGUCGAGGUGGACUGCACUGGGUUGUUUGUGAACAACAUUGCUAUGACUGGUCCAUUUGAAUUCCUUUCUGUCUGUCCUUCUUCCAGGAGCUAAGGGGGCAGAGGAGGGCGUAGUGGCAACGGCAGCAGAGAACAGGAACCAAUGCCCCACAGGCUGGUUCCAAUAUGAAUCGCGCUGCUUCAUGUUCGUUGAGACUGCAAGGACAUGGCCCCUAGCAGAGGUAUCAUGGUUACUCUCUACUGUGAAUUAAAGGGAAAGUUCAAUCGAAAUCAACUCGCUUAUUUGGUUUGAGGUUACCCUUAAAGGUGAUUUGCCAUUGCGUCCUGGAAAAUACUGAACCUCCCCUUUAAGUUAUUGUUUCAUUGGAAUUUUCUUUAAGCGUCGAAUAUUUAUUGAUAUAUUUAUAUUACCUGAGGCCUACUGUAUAUUGGAACCCACAGGACAUUGGUUAAGACAGAGAUCUAACAUCUGUAAGAGCAUAUGUAAAGAGCAUUAAUUGCGAUGGACAAUAUUUGAUUGUGAGAGUCCAGAAGAUAAGUUAUCACAGACUGGACUACUGACUGAUACUUACAUUAUGAAAUGUCUUUGUCCCUGUCUACCUCUCACUGUAGCGCCACUGUGUGUCCCUUGGAGCAAACCUGGCGUCUGUGCACAGCUCUGCGGAGUAUCAAUUUCUACAGGUAGUGGUGGGGUGCAAGGCUGGCGGUUUCUCUCCUACCUGGAUUGGAGGAUAUGAUGCUGUUCAGGUGGAGUAUACUCACAGAUCAGUAGUAUCUUGGUAUACUCAUCAAUAUCUCAAGGGUCACUGGUAAAGUCAGAUCUAGGUUUUUUAGUAUCCACUGGCAUACUAUAAUAAUAAUAAUAAUAAUAGUAAUAUGGGAUUGCUUUGAUACUGAGACCUCACUUCUUCACCACAGGACAGGCUAUGGUUUUGGAGUGACGGCUCCAAAUUUGAUUACCAGAACUGGAAGAAAGGAGAGCCCAAUAAUAGCGGUGGCAGAGAGCCAUGUAUGGUGAUGAACUGGGGAGGUACAGUAGGCUCACUAUCAUUCACUGAUACAUUCAUCAAAUUAAACUUUAUUCAUAGUACAUUUAACAAAUAAAACUGGCACACACACCACACACCGCAAACACACUAUUAUAUUGUUGUGUGAACAUCUGAGAUUAUUUGAGAGGUCAUUUCUGUUCUGUGUUUCCUUUUAAGAUGAAUACCGCUGGAACGAUAUAAACUGUGGAAACAGCUUUCCCUCUGUGUGCUCCAAAAGAAUCUGUGAAAUAGAGAAAAACUGAAACCAUAAAUGCUACUCGAUAGUGUCAGCAUCCAACUGAACACUUUUUAUGGUAAAGUCAAAUAUUUAGUAAAGAUUAUUUGUUGCUGUAAACUGUAAGUUUGUGUUAGUUGUUGUUCAUAAAUGUUGAGUAAUGGUUUUGUUGUUUAUUGUCAAUAAAACGGUUGUACACAUUAUUAGUUUUCUCUUAUGAGUCAUUAUUAAACAUGAAUGCCAUAAUUGUAAGAUGAUUCUUAAAGGUACAGUCUAGGAUCUCAGAGUUUGUUCAAUGGUCAUUUAAAUUCUUUACAUUUAUCCAUUGAUUCAAGGUUAUUAUAGUAAACAAAAACUGAAACAAAAAUAACAAGGCAGAGCAUUCAUUGCUCAACCUUCAUUGGAUUUAGCAUCCACACACCGGAGAGGUAAUUGACUGCACAUUGAACGCAUGGGACAUACCAGAGGAGAAGAUUCUACUCUUUGUAACUGACAACGGGGCGAACAUAGUCAAGGCUAUUACACAAUAGACAAGAGAUACCCGUGAUCAACAACAACCAGAGCUGGCCAUAGCUUUGAACGGUGCGGCAUGUAGUGAGCUUUAAAAUGAUUCAUGUACAGUGGGGAAAAUAAGUAUUUAGUCAGCCACCAAUUGUGCAAGUUCUCCCACUUAAAAAGAUGAGAGAGGCCUGUAAUUUUCAUCAUAGGUACACGUCAACUAUGACAGACAAAAUGAGAAAAAAAUCCUGAAAAUCACAUUGUAGGAUUUUUAAUGAAUUUAUUUGCAAAUUAUGGUGGAAAAUAAGUAUUUGGUCAAUAACAAAAGUUUCUCAAUACUUUGUUAUAUACCCUUUGUUGGCAAUGACACAGGUUUCUGUAAGUCUUCACAAGGUUUUCACACACUGUUGCUGGUAUUUUGGCCCAUUCCUCCAUGCAGAUCUCCUCUAGAGCAGUGAUGUUUUGGGGCUGUCGCUGGGCAACACAGACUUUCAACUCCCUCCAAAGAUUUUCUAUGGGGUUGAGAUCUGGAGACUGGCUAGGCCACUCCAGGACCUUGAAAUGCUUCUUACGAAGCCACUCCUUCGUUGCCCGGGCGGUGUGUUUGGGAUCAUUGUCAUGCUGAAAGACCCAGCCACCUUUCAUCUUCAAUGCCCUUGCUGAUGGAAGGAGGUUUUCACUCAAAAUCUCACGAUACAUGGCACCAUUCAUUCUUUCCUUUACACGGAUCAGUCGUCCUGGUCCCUUUGCAGAAAAAAAGCCCCAAAGCAUGAUGUUUCCACCCCCAUGCUUCACAGUAGGUAUGGUGUUAUUUGGAUGCAACUCAGCAUUCUUUGUCCUCCAAACACGACGAGUUGAGUUUUUAUCAAAAAGUUAUAUUUUGGUUUCAUCUGACCAUAUGACAUGCUCCCAAUCCUCUUCUGGUUCAUCCAAAGGCACUCUAGCAAACUUCAGACGGGCCUGGACAUGUACUGGCUUAAGCAGGGGGACACGUCUGGCACUGCAGGAUUUGAGUCCCUGGCGGCGUAGUGUGUUACUGAUGGUAGGCUUUGUUACUUUGGUCCCAGCUCUCUGCAGGUCAUUCACUAGGUCCCCCCGUGUGGUUCUGGGAUUUUUGCUCACCGUUCUUGUGAUCAUUUUGACCCCACGGGGUGAGAUUUUACGUGGAGCCCCAGAUCGACGGAGAUUAUCAGUGGUCUUGUAUGUCUUCCUUUUCCUAAUAAUUGCUCCCAAAGUUGAUUUCUUCAAACCAAGCUGCUUACCUAUUGCAGAUUCAGUCUUCCCAGCCUGGUGCAGGUCUACAAUUUUGUUUCUGGUGUCCUUUGACAGCUCUUUGGUCUUGGCCAUAGUGGAGUUUGGAGUGUGACUGUUUGAGGUUGUGGACAGGUGUCUUUUAUACUGAUAACAAGUUCAAACAGGUGCCAUUAAUACAGGUAACGAGUGGAGGACAGAGGAGCCUCUUAAAGAAGAAGUUACAGGUCUGUGAGAGCCAGAAAUCUUGCUUGUUUGUAGGUGACCAUUAAAUAAUUAAGCCAAUUUGUGUAUUGCUGAUUCAUCAAUAUGGUUAGGGUUCUUGCAGGUUCAAGGAUUAUGCGACGUUCAGAAUGAGACUGAUGAGGUAAUGAUUGAAUAAGUGACUGUUAUUGAUAUAUAACAUAUAUAUAUCUUCUACGAGUUUAAUUUGGGAGAUGGUAACUCGUUAAUUGUUACAUGAGUAAUUUAAUCGAGUGACAAUUAAACAUAGUUAGUUGAUUCUAUACAUAACAGUCAUCACAUUAAUGCAAGUCACAUUACGACAAUAGUUUGUAGUAGAGUAGUUUGUAAUAAUGUGUUGUGAAAUGUAAUGUUUUAAUAUAUGUAAUUGCCUUAAUGUUGCUGGACACCAGGAAGAGUAGCUGCUGCCUUGGUAUAAUAAAAUACAAAAUACAAAAACAAGGCAUAGCAUGCAUUGCUCAACCUCCAUCCGAUUUAGCAUCCACUUUGAACGCAUGGGACAUACCAUUGGAGAAUAUCCUACUCUUCGUAACUCACAAUGGGGCGAACAUAGUAAAGGCUAUUGUAGAAUACACAAGAGAAUAACCGUGAUCAACAACAACCAGAGCUGGCCAUAGCUUUGAACGGUGCGGCAGAAAUGUCUGAAUCUGAGUCAGACACCGACGAUUAUUCUUUUAAGGCUAGGCACCACACCCUCAUAUUUUUUCCCUUAAUCAUAUAACAAUCAACUUUUACCAGUUGGAUGUAGACACAAAUAUCAUACUUUUUUUGUAUUACAAUGUUUCUGAAAUGUUUAAAAAAUAUAUGCAAAUGAGACAAUACCUCAUUAAAUAUGUGCAUAUUGGCAUAUCGCGCAAAUCCAUUUUUCUGGACACUGGAUGAAGUCAGCCUAUAUUUUGGUUUAAUUUUGUUAAGACACUCCAGGACCGGACUUGUCCAGAGGAGAUUGUGGAUAAAUACUUUUUUUUCUAUCUGGAAAAUACUAAAAACAUGCACGUAAAAUGCAUUUAUUGUGCAUUUUCCCCCCCAAAAAUUAUCUAGAAUAAAAAAUUGACAACAUAUCAACAAAUCCUUCUGGGCAAAUCUGGAGAAUGUCUCUAAGGAUAACCAAACAAAGUGUGGUAUGUAGUAUGAUAAACUAAAUAACAUUUACAUGAUACUUCAGGAGACAGCAGAGGGAGCACACCCCCAUCCACAUCGACAGGACCGCAGUGGAGAAGGCGAAAAGCUUCAAUUUCCUCGGCAUACACAUCACUGACAAUCUGAAAUGGUCCACCCACACAGACAGAGUCGUGAAGAAGGUGCAACAGCGCCUCUUCAACGUCAGGAGGCUGAAGAAAUUUGGCUUGGCCCAUAAGACCCUGACAAACUUUUACAGAUGCACAAUUGAGGUUUUCCUGUCGGCCUUUAUCACCGCCUGGUACGGCAACUGCACCGCCCCCACCUCACCGGGGGCACACUGCCUGCCCUCCAUGACACCUACAGCACCCGAUGUCACAGGAAGGCCAAAAAGAUCAUCAAGGACAUCAACCACCUGAGCCAUGGCCUGUUAACCCCGCUAUCAUCCAGAAGGCGAGGUCAGUACAGGUGCAUCAAAGCUGGGACCGAGACACUGAAAAACAGCUUCUAUCUCAAGGCCAUCACUGUUAAAUAGCCAUCACUAGCCAGCUACCACCCGGUUACUCAACCCUGCACCUUAGAGGCUGCUGCCCUAUGUACAUAGACAUAGAAUCACUGGUCACUUUAAUAAUGGAACACUAGUAAUAAUGUUUACAUACUGUUUUACUCAUUUCAUAUGUAUAUACUGUAUUCUACUGUAUUUUAGUCAAUGCCACUCCGAUAUUGCUCGUCCUAAUGUUCAUAUAUUUCUUAUUAUUUUACAUUUAGAUUUGUGUGUAUUGUUGUGAAUUGUUAGAUACUACUGCACUGUUGGAGCUAGGAACACAAGCAUUUAGCUACACCCGCAACAACAUCUGCUAAAUAUGUGUAUGUGCCCAAUAACAUUUGUCUUGACUUGAUUUGAUGUCAAGAACUUUAUAGGAAUUUAUAUUUUAAUUGGCCCCAACCAUGGAUGCAAAACUAUUCCAAAUAACAUUAUCAUGAACAUGGCAUUUGAACUUUGUUCAACAGGACACUAGUUCCAUGGAACACCAAUACUAGUUAUCCAUUUAUUUUUUGGGAUAAACCUUUAUAGCUCACACGAUAGGUAAACAUUCCAAAGAACAUUGCCAUGAAAAGUCAUUCAUAUCUGGAAUUUGAACAUACCUCAAAUCAGCUCUAUGGAACACCAUUACCAGUUAACAAUUGUUUGAAAUUGCUAACUAUUUAUUUGUAGCUAACAAUAUAAAAGUGCUCCUCUUUCUUCAGAUGAACAGAACCUGCAGAACUUACCAGUGAUUCACAUUAACAGGUAAGUCUUCAAUUCAUGUACAUUACAUCAUAAACUGUUUACUCUCCUGUUAUGCUCUUUUCCAGAGAAUUCUGGAUGUUUCUAGCAUUAUUUUCCUCGGUUAUAGUACCUUGUUUUUAGGAGACCAUCAUCACCAUUGCAAUGUUGACCAUAUCUCUGCUGCUGUGUGCUGCCCUUGCUCUGAGUCAAGCAACAGGUAAGACGCACAGCAAACCAAGAAUAUACACCUUAGUUCACACUUAACAACAUUCUUUACAUAACACUCCUUUCCUGUCGAUCCCUGUAACUCCAGCUAACUGGAGUUUUUGUUGUCCAGGUGCUGAGCUCUACCGUCAUUAUUUUUUGUGUACCAGUUCUUGUUUCAGAGCAAACAUGAGAAAAACGUUUUCACUCUACUGAGUCGAGGCGGACUGCACUGGGUUGUUUGUGAACAACAUUGCUAUGACUGGUCCAUUUGAAUUCCUUUCUGUCUGUCCUUCUUCCAGGAGCUAAGGGGGCAGAGGAGGGCGUAGUGGCAACGGCAGCAGAGAACAGGAACCAAUGCCCCACAGGCUGGUUCCAAUAUGAAUCGCGCUGCUUCAUGUUCAUUGAGACUGCAAGGACAUGGCCCCUAGCAGAGGUAUCAUGGUUACUCUCUACUGUGAAUUAAAGGGAAAGUUCAAUCGAAAUCAACUCGCUUAUUUGGUUUGAGGUUACCCUUAAAGGUGAUUUGCCAUUGCGUCCUGGAAAAUACUGAACCUCCCCUUUAAGUUAUUGUUUCAUUGGAAUUUUCUUUAAGCGUCGAAUAUUUAUUGAUAUAUUUAUAUUACCUGAGGCCUACUGUAUAUUGGAACCCACAGGACAUUGGUUAAGACAGAGAUCUAACAUCUGUAAGAGCAUAUGUAAAGAGCAUUAAUUGCGAUGGACAAUAUUUGAUUGUGAGAGUCCAGAAGAUAAGUUAUCCCAGACUGGACUACUGACUGAUACUUACAUUAUGAAAUGUCUUUGUCCCUGUCUACCUCUCACUGUAGCGCCACUGUGUGUCCCUUGGAGCAAACCUGGCGUCUGUGCACAGCUCUGCGGAGUAUCAAUUUCUACAGGUAGUGGUGGGGUGCAAGGCUGGCGGUUUCUCUCCUACCUGGAUUGGAGGAUAUGAUGCUGUUCAGGUGGAGUAUACUCACAGAUCAGUAGUAUCUUGGUAUACUCAUCAAUAUCUCAAGGGUCACUGGUAAAGUCAGAUCUAGGUUUUUUAGUAUCCACUGGCAUACUAUAAUAAUAAUAAUAAUAAUAGUAAUAUGGGAUUGCUUUGAUACUGAGACCUCACUUCUUCACCACAGGACAGGCUAUGGUUUUGGAGUGACGGCUCCAAAUUUGAUUACCAGAACUGGAAGAAAGGAGAGCCCAAUAAUAGCGGUGGCAGAGAGCCAUGUAUGGUGAUGAACUGGGGAGGUACAGUAGGCUCACUAUCAUUCACUGAUACAUUCAUCAAAUUAAACUUUAUUCAUAGUACAUUUAACAAAUAAAACUGGCACACACACCACACACCGCAAACACACUAUUAUAUUGUUGUGUGAACAUCUGAGAUUAUUUGAGAGGUCAUUUCUGUUCUGUGUUUCCUUUUAAGAUGAAUACCGCUGGAACGAUAUAAGCUGUGGAAACAGCUUUCCCUCUGUGUGCUCCAAAAGUUUUUGUUGUUCAGGUGCUGAGCUCUACCGUCAUAAUUUUUUGUGUACCGGUUCUUGUUUCAGAGCCUUUGCUGGAGACAAACAUUGCGCAAGCUGGAGAAAAACACUGAGCAAUAACAUUUGACUUGACUUGAUGCAUAAUUAGCUGCACUUGUUUUGAAUUUGGCCAGUAUGAUAGUAACUUUUUCACACUACUGGGUCGAGUCGGACUGCACUGGGCUGUCCUGGUUACAAAUCCACCAUAGUUGCUGGAACUGUGCUGGGAAAGGCAAUGUGAAAAGAAGAUAUCCAAGCCAGCACAUUACGGUUUGGGUCGGCAAAGUGAAUAGAACAGUCCCAUGAACAUUGCAAAGGCAGCUUUGAUUUCAUGUGUUUUCUUGUCUUUAACUACAUACUCUAUAUAGCCCCAUGAGAAGACAAUGGAUUUUGAGCAGGCUUUGCAUCUGGGUAAUUGUAUGAAACUAAUGUCAGUAGAUUAAUCUGCAGUACUACUAGGUAGACAACUCUCACAGGCUGAUGCCUCCACUAAUCAGAAUAAGAAUUGUGUGCAGGGGCGGUUGUUUGUGAACAACAUUGCUAUGACUGGGCCAUUUGAAUUCCUGCCUGUCUGUCCUUCUUCCAGGAGCUAAGGUGGCAGAGGAGGCCGUAGCGGCAGCAGAGAACAGGAACCAAUGCCCCACAGGCUGGUUCCAAUUUGGAUCGCGCUGCUUCAUGUUCGUCGAGACUGCAAGGACAUGGCCCCUAGCAGAG